GACAGAUUUUCAUCCAAGUGUUACCCAAGUACCUGCGGAUCCAAAGGCCUAAAGUGGAGGCCUCAGAGAGUGAGAAACGUGUUGCCCUGAGCCGUGUCACGGACGAAUACUUCAUCCGAAAACCCGCCAUGGACUUAAACAACCUGAAGGCGAACAUGAGAGUGGAUUUGCCCCCAAGCCACCUGUUUCCGGAGAUAAACAGAUACAUAAACAGCCUUGUUCCCCAAGUGGUAUUGCCUCCGGAUCUGAAAGCAGCUGUGGACGCCAUCAAGUACAUCGCCAAGGAGCUACAGGGGCAAGAGGAAUAUGACAAGCUGAAGGAGGACUGGCAGUACGUGGCUAUGGUCGUGGACCGGCUGUUCCUGUGGGUCUUCGUCACCUUCACCUCACUGGGGACGCUCGCCAUCUUCCUAGAUGCCAGCUACAAUGUUCCGCCUGUCAAUCCCUUCGACCCCUUGGCGUAAUGCCGACCCCUGGCAGUUCUCUCCGCCCCCCCCCCCCCCCAACCAUUUGAGUAAAAGCGUCUUCCCUCCCCAGUCCACCCCAUUCUCCAGUCUCUGGUGUGAAUGCAACGCGCUAGGCAACAGUUUCGCUAGAAGGCUGUCUCCUUUUUCCAAUUUCGUACAAGAAAAGUUUAGCCUUCCCGCUCUCACUUGUGGGCCAGAGAGUUAAAUCUCUCUCUCUCUCUCUCUCUUCCCGGUUGAAUCCUUCACACACCCCCCACAGUGCAGUCCAGUUACUGAAGCUAGGUCAGGAUGUCUCUGUAGGAAAACUGAAACCCUUUGCUUCAAUGUGCCACAAUGUGAAGUUAUUCACUUGAGCAAGAAGCAUGAAAAAAAAACAGUAAUAUCUAAACAGGGAACAACUGUAGGAUUCCAAGGCACAGAGGGACUUGGGAGCUCUGGUGCGUGAGUCACAAUAUGUUAGUAAUACAGUGCAGAACGCUAAUGGGAUGUAAUUAUUUAAUGAGAGGAAUCGAAUGAAAAGUAAGUUCUGAAGUCACACUGGACUCGAAAUGUUAACUUUGGUUUCCCUCUCCACAAAUGCUGCCAGACCUGCUGAGUUUGUCUGGAAUUCA